UAUGCAAACGUGUUCAUGUCGACGAAUACCCAUUAGGCACAAAUGAUUAACUACAUGCUUGUACAUUUAAAGCGAACGUUAGACGUCCUGUUGUCACACACGAUGUUUACUUCCGGGUUUUCGCAGUUUUAACCUCCGCAUCUGCGCUGUGGGUGUCAGCUGACUAUUACGACCAAACAGCGGCUUCCAAUCUCCGUUCCUAACUACAAGACGGAACACAAAAUCCUUUCCCCUGUCCGCGCAAUCGCAACUUUCCGACGUAGACUGGACUGCUGCUCGCCGCGACUAGCAGGCGAGCCCCCGCGCCGACCGCACGAUGAGCGUCGGCGCCCAGCGAGGCCUGGCCAGCUCGGGGCAGAAGCACAUCGCUGAGAUUCUACACCCGUUGUCCGCCGCCGACGAGUCGCUGUCCCCGGGGCCAGAUGUCACCGUUACCGCCGGGGGCGACAAGGAGGCAGGACUGUCCAAUGGCACGCCAGUGGACACGCCGAGUCCCGCCUCAGCAUCCUCGCUGUUCAAUAGGCUGCAGCUGGACGACGACAUCGAGUCAGACCCCCGGGACUACUACGACUCCACCGAAACCCGGGACCUGUUUGUCACGGUGGAUGACCCGAAGAAGCACGUUUCUACAAUGGAGACCUACAUCACCUACAGAGUGUCCACCAAGACAACGCGGAUUGAAUUCGACCUUCCGGAAUACUGUGUGCGACGCCGCUAUCAAGACUUCGAUUGGCUGAGGAUCAAACUGGAGGACAGCCAGCCCACCCACCUCAUCCCUCCUUUGCCGGAGAAAUUUGUGAUGAAGGGCGUGGUGGAUCGUUUUUCGGAAGAGUUUGUCGGAACUCGCAUGAAAGCGCUGGACAAGUUCCUGAAGCGGGUUGCAGACCACCCAGUCCUGUCCUUCAACCCGCAUCUCAACGCUUUCCUGUCUGCUAAGGAUCUGAACAAGCGGCAGGGUCUGGCGCUGCUCACCAAGGUGGGCGAGUCGGUGAAGCACGUCACCGGAGGCUACAAGCUGCGAGCGCGGCCGCCCGAGUUCUGUGCCAUGGGUGAAUACCUGGACACUUUUAGCCAAAAAUUGGGCACCAUCGACCGUAUUGCUCAGAGGAUCCUCAAAGAGCAGUCAGAGCACUUGACUGAGCUGCGCGACUAUGGCGCCGUGUACUCGAACUGGACGGGCUCGGAAGGGGAACUGCAGCGCCCCCUGGAGGGGGUGGCGAGCUCCGUUUCGACGUGUUGCGGGGCGAUGGAUGAGCUGUGUGAGAACAUGGGCCAGGACUUCCUACCUGUACUACGAGAGUAUAUGCUCUACAUCGAAUCCAUGAAGAAUGUUCUGAAGAAGCGCGACCAAAGUCAGGCGGAGUACGAGGGACGCCUGGAAGCCGCCCUACUGCGCAAACAGGAGGACAGAACGCCUAUGCCGCCCGAGGUGGAGCGGUGCCAGGACAAGGUGGAGUGUUUCAACGCCGACCUGAAGGCCGACUGGGAGCGCUGGCAGAGCAACAAGCGACAGGACUUCAAGCAGCUUCUCGGUGGCAUGGCCGACAAAAACAUCAAUUACUACGAGAAGUGCCAAGCAGCGUGGGAGUCGCUCAUCAAUGUCCUGCAGGACAAACAGACCGAAGACCAAACGAGCGAAACGGACUGAAGCGCCUUUAACCCGCUCGCCCCGGUGACUUUUGUCCAUCACGCACUUUUUCACGCCAAGGACCGAGCAGGCCUUUGGACUCCCAAAUGAAGGACCGUGUCCCCGUUUUUCCAGAGUUGACUGUCAUCAUCGGACCUUUUCAGGAAGCUGUGACCGCAGCGUACACAGUAUGUGUAUGCGUCAACUGGUCAUAGAGCGGCGACUUUCUAUCGACAGCCAUUCUUUUUCACGCCGUUGCUCUUUUUCUACUUCAUAUCAUUUGUUAACAGUUGCCAAUGCUGCUUACGUAACCACACGCUAAGGAGACGUGGGUUUUUUUUUCUCAUCCUUUUUACAGGAUGAGACAAGGGUACUAUUAUUAUUAUUUUCUUUUUUUUUGGUCCCUUGGUCUGUCAGCUUCUCAGAUAAAGCCACAAGCUCAUUCCAAUCGUGGUCAUGAUUGUUUUGCAAGGGUUCGCAGAUAUUUUUGUGUCCUUCGACUUCGUCAGUUCACGAGAAAAAUCGAUUUGCAGAAAGGUGAAAUUUGCCGCGGCACCCGCGUUUCACAACACGGCCUUGAGAGUGCUGCGACAACUUUGCGUAAUAAGCUCAGAUGAGCACGUUAGCUCUCUCAUCCCUUAUCGGUCAUUUAUUUCAGCUAAAAGGGGCAAGAAGGAGCUUUUUGCGAUGAAAGCGCAGAGUUUGAAGACUGAACCUUAUCAGAUCCAUUAGUUUGGGACUAAAUUGCUCUGACUAAUUAGAACACGUAUUGCUUGUCAUCUCAGCUUUUAUUGUUGUCUUUAAAUGCUUCUCAAAGGACAGUGCUUUACAGGAAAGAGUCCACCUAUCUGAUGUUAGUAACCUCACACUUGGCAGAUGGAUGGACAGGAGCAGUAUAAAUUGGGGGGGGAACAAAGCAAAACAAAAGAAAAAACACUGCAGCGUAUGUUUGCAUCAGUAAGAAAAAAGGAUUAUGAACAUCGACGGCUUGCAAUAUCAGCUGCGUUAAGCUAUUUCAGUUAUUCUUGUUUUGUUGAUUUCUGGCAAACUUCUGCAAGUUUGUUCCUUGGCGACUAAAAAUGGCCUGAUUUUUUUUUUUUUUUUUUUUUAAAUGGCGAUCUUAGGAAUGACUCAUUUUGUGUGCAACUGUACAUGACUGAUACGAAGUCAAUCGCCUGGUCCAUUCCUGUUCGGAGGCAUACUAACUUGCUGUAUGAACUUAAAAAAAAAAAAAAAAAGCACAAAAAGUAUGAGGGAAUUGUAAUUUCAGGAUUCUAGUGAUUAUAUUUAAGGUUACGUACCGCUUAGGGAUGCGCCUGAUCCUAAGUCGGCUUGUAUCCCAAGCAAAUGUUUUGCUGCAUUUGACUAGAAUCUAGUUAGGCGUCGACAUCUAUUGAUGCCUUUGAGCAAAAGUGGCAGUGGUUAAUAUUUAAACAAAUGAUAAUUGUUUCAAUUAAAAUGAUUUUGUUUUGUGUAAAUGAUCCCAAAUGUACAGCCGAGAAAUUGCCGGAGGAUCCAUUUAAUGUGAAACUGGAAGCAUUAAGAAGGGAUGACACAAUCUCACUAACAAUAUGAAGCUUGUAUAUUGAAGGAAUUUCCUUUUUUUUUUUUUAACCUCAACAGCAUAGCGUCUAUUUUUGAUAGAGCUUCAUGUCGAGUUUUUGCCUGCUGGUUAAUGAACAAUGCAGGAUUCAUCCCAACUUGAAACUUUUCUUGAAAAUGUCUUUUGAUUUGACAAAAGUACCAAUUCUGGCGGCGAUUUUGCUUUUGUGUUUUGAUCUUGCUUGCCGAAUGUUUAUCGACAGGUUGAAAGCCCAAAUGGGAAGAAGAUGACAGCUGCCAACAUAUUCCGUACGAAUAAUUAGUAUGAAUGUACUGUACUCAUCUUGGAAAAAAAAAAAUCGCCAAGCCCAAACGUCCGCAUCAUUUCCUGCAUUGCAACACAGCAGAAAUAGGAUCAACUUACCAUGAUUUUUUUUUUUUU